AUGAAGUCUUCACAGAGUCGCCCCUCCAGAGUAGGGAGAAACCCCUUCGUCCACGAGCUGAAAUUCACCAUGAGAGAGAAAAUAAAGGUAAGUCAGUUUACGUAAUGAAUCGUAAUGCACAUAUGUAUCAACAAAACUUUUGCUUGACUCUUUGAACGCGUUGUAAUGCGGUGAGUUACUUCAUCCAAACUUCACACGUCAAAGCUAAGAUCUGACUUACACUGUAAUGAUGUCCUGCUCUGAGAACCAUGUGCAGCCAUUAUGUAACAUUACAUGACAUUACUGUUAAAAACUGAAAAGGAAAACAAACAAACAAACCAAAAAUAUUGGAUAGAAGUUGCUUUAAGUUACCAAAGAGUCAGGUUAUAGUAUAAUGUUUUCUUGGAAAUGUGCCUCAUGUUUCAUGCUCUUAAUCAGUAAUCAAAAAGAGCAAUAAACCAAUUCCACAUGUUAGGGCUGGGCGAUAUAAGAAAAAGUUUAUCAUGAUACAUUUUUUUUCUUAUCAGUCGAUAUCCAUAUACUGUAUAUCACAAUAUAAAAAAACAGGUUCAGGUGGUGAAAAAUAUCUGAGGUAUUCCCCGACUUUGCGAGAACAUGUACCCGACAUAAUUUACAGUGCACAUUACUCUGCUUCAUGUCCGACCUUAAAAAAAAGAAAAUACCUCCACACCACCGAUGUUUACAUGCCAGUGUUGUCAACGAUGUCAUCAUCUGUUGAGCCUUCAUCUGCUACCCCGGGCAGCACUAAUAUUUCUUGUUUUCUCACCGACAGUGCUGUCGGCUUCACGUGUUAAAAUGCUAUUGUUGCGUGUAGCUGCAGCCUACUACUUCGCAGUUGUUUGCCUCUUGGUUCUAAUUCAGCACAUGAUCGGUUUAGCGAAGCGGACACAGAGCAACUUCCCUUUUCAUUGGCUAUUUGUAUAGCCUACCAAAACAUGGCAGAAUGACAACUAUCGAAAAGCAUAUUGACCAUGUUUUACAUCGAGGGAAAUUAGUUUUCGAUAUCAAUAUCGUUUUACCGCCCAGCCCUACCACAUGUGUAUAAAAAGUGCCCACUCAUGCUUAAUUUAUUGCAUUGUAAGUAUUGACUGAAGAAAGUGAGUAAAGCUAGAAGGUUUUAAUCUAUUCUUGGAUGUGAAAUGAAUGAAUAAAUCAACCAGACAGUCGUAGUUAAACAGUGACAUUUCAUAACAAUUGUUAUCUUAAUACAUGUUCCAAAAAAGCUGGUCUAAACUGGACUUUUUGUUUUGUAUUACAAAGACCCCAAAUUAAGAUAAGAUAUGGCAAGGUCUGAUUCAGCCUUUAUGCACCAUGACCAAAACAUUUUACAGCAAGUAGAUGUGGUAAGGAAAAAAAUGCCUUUGACAGGCAGAGACCCCAGGCAGAACCAGUUGAACAGCCAUCUACUGAAACUAUGUACUGUAACAAAAGUAGGACAGAGUUAGAUGCAGAAAAAGAAAUGGAAUAGACAGACUUUAUCAGAAUACAUUUGUGCCAAAGAUGAGAGAAAUAUUGUUGUAGCCUUCUCCCUCAUUAUCAAACAUACAACAAUUAGCUUGUUUCAGUAUUUAUGUGAUUCACGUCACACAGUAUGACCACGGCCCAGCAACUCAAAUGAAGGUGUUAUCUGAGAUUUGUGUAGUCAGGCCAGCCACCAUUCUGUGCUUACAUAGAGGGAUCCUGAAUUUUCAUUGACCACAUUUGCAUGUAAGACAUUUGUAUGAGGGUGAUAAUAACACACAUCCACUGGUGGAGGAGAGCACUGAGUUUUUCUUUUCACUCAUACAGUUAAAAGCAUUUUCACAGAGGCUUAUGUCGCUUCCCCUUUUGUUUGGGCAUGGGGAUGCACAAGUAAACAGGUUUUGCUUGCACACAGGUAGUUCCUAUUAAAACGGAUCAGUUUCCAGAAUAACAAGUGUAACUAAAGAUUUGAUUUAGGUUUAAAAAAAUUAAAAAGGAUCUCUUAAGUUAGGGUUUUUUUUACACUGAGACAAAUACUUAAAUAAUGACUGCACAAGAUUUGAAAAAUGAAGGUCAACUCAUGUGUGUACAAAAAAAUAAUGAUGUUGGAGGUAGGUGAUAUACUACUGUCCUGUUUUUGGAUGGACGUCUAAGGGUACACAUCUAUUUCACCAAUGAAAUUGCAAGUUUGUCCAUUGAUGAGGUCACCAUAUCUAUUAAAAUGCCUCGUCACCAAUCACAUGAGAGAUUGAUGUGAGGGACAGGUGGGGUCUGACCAUGAAAGAGGUAUCUUGUAAGCAGCAUACUCAUUAUAACCCCUCAGACAUACGACCUUAAUUUUUGUGGUUUUGUAACCCCCACCACUUUAAUUUAAUAAGGUAACUCUCAAGCACUUUUUAUUUACUUAUGUUUUCUAAAGUGAUGCUCUGAAAAAAGUUGCACUGAGACCAAGUGAGACCAAAUCACAUGGGUCAGUUUUACAAGAGAAGGAAGUAGUUGUGCCCCAAAGCAAAAAGGACUUGAAGUGCAAGCAUUCAUUUAUUGCCAAACACACAAAGCACAAGCCUCAGACACAAAAGCACAGGCCUUUAUUCACGGUCCAUCAGGACGCCACAAAAGGGUAAUUCUCGGUCUUUAGUCUUUUUGUUUUUGUUUCUUUAAGCCUCAGUAAAGGAUGACUCAAAGCUUUGUGUGACCUUUCAACCACCUUCAUGUGGUUCACAGAAUACCUUUGCUGCACCCAUAGACUGUAUAUAGAAUAGUAUAGUAUAUACAGUCCAUGGCUGCACCUUUUGCUUUUUUGUUUAACCUGGAAGAAUGUGUUUAUUCUUCUCUCUGAAUUUGCUGUAAAUUAACAGUCAUUUAUCUUUGCCUAAUAACCGCAACUACCCUAGGAAUGUUAGCUGUCAUUCACACCGCCUGGUGAUGUUAUUCUCUACCUCACUAUUCUUGGCACUUAAAAAGGAGAAAUGUGUGGCCAGUUUCCUUUAGUUGAUCAGGAAACUAAAGAACGUAUUAAUGUCCGUGAGAACUGGGUAGUGGGCAGGACAGGACACAACCAUAGUGUGUAAAGGUGUGUGAUUGUGGGUCUGUGACUGCAGUACAUUGUUGAUGCCUCAAAAACAUUGCAUGGUAUUGUUAGAGCUGUUUAAAAUAGUUUUGGAGUCCAGUUCACACCUCACACUGCUUGUUGAUCAUGUGGCAGUGAGAUGUUUUUCUACUUCAUAAACAUGUCAUCAAUCAAUCUGUAUUUUUAUAGCUCCAGUUAACAAGUGUUACCUCAAGAGGCUUAACAAAAAAGCUGAUCUAGCCCAUACUCUUCAUGAUAUUUAGGAAGACCCAACAUAAAGAUGGGAUAAGAUUGAGUCUGAUUUCAUCCUCAUCCAUGGGGGUGAAACACUGAAGGAUUUAGCUAGUUACAGUGGCAACAAAAAACCUUCAUUUUAACAGGCAGAAACCUUGAGCAGAACCAGACUUAUGUAAGAGUUGUCUACCGCUACUGCAGUGGGUUUGGAGAGGGGAUAGAGGGAUGCUCAAUAGACUCUUAUCUGCACCCACUUUUGUAUGGAUGCUUUUGAAUCUCUAGGUUUGUUGUAUAUAGCUCAGCUUGAUUGGCCACUUACAUAAACACACAAGGAUGCAACUCACCAUUUUUAAUGGACCUAAACAAAAUAGGCAUUACUGCAGUUAACAAGAAAACCAAAGUCAAACAAGCAAAAGUGUGGAAUCAAUACCAAAACUAACGUCAAACAAAUGUGACUAUCAGCAUUAUACUAACCAGGGCAGAAAGUGAAAGAGACAGUAAUACUGUUUCCAGCUGAGUCACACAUUGCUGAAUAGUUGACUCUACACAGACAGGGGCUGCCAACAAUCCAGCUUGUAGUCAAAACAGGCUUCCUGACAUUUGAUAGAACCGUACGUACUGGACUUGAGUGGGUUGAGACUCAGCCUGGACUUUGUUUUUUUUUUUUUUUGGAUAUACAAUAGAUAAAUCUAUAUUGGUUUGCAUUUAUCAAAGUACCAAAGAAAUGCGUUGAAGUCUUUCUUUGUAAGGUUGUUUAUUGCUUAAACUGAACAAAUGCCUGACGUGAUUGUCAUCUAAACAAUAUGAUGAACAGAGGACAAGCUGAGCCCCCAGGUGGAGCAGCCUUUUCCCAAGACUCGUUCAAAACAAUUAAAGCAAACCAAUUAGUUUUCACUACAGACUGUACGGGGUAGUCCAAGCUGUUCUGGGCCACAUUUGCUCAGGGGAAUUUGGUGUUACAUGGCACGGCCAUGGUAAAAGCAUGUCAUAGCGUCUCCGCGUAGUUCUAAAAAAUAAUCUUCUCAUAAAAGUAUAUACAGUAAGUUGCAGAUGUAAUGUAGUAAUAGUUCUGUGACUUUUAUUUGGUCAAAAGGGCAUAUGCAUGGCUGACGGUUUGAGAAGCCUCUUAAGUUUAGGUCACUUGAACACUUCUCUCUCUCCCUCUCUCCCCAAACACACGUUCUGGCAGUGAAUAGAAGAACCCAAACAACACACAACUUAAUGAGAAAAGCUUUUUUGAACAUCAUUUAAGACAAAACAACAAAAAGGUAACUCAUAUCUAACUGUGGGUUUCAGUGUGUUUGUGCCCUGUAUUGGGUGUGAUCUUUUACUGUGAUGGUAAGAAAAUACUGUUAUCUGUCCAAAAGUUGUAAGAUGCCAAGUUAACAUCGUCUGGGUGUUGAGAUAAGUAUGAUGCACAAGCAUAAAGAAAACCUUGGCCGUCUGAAAUUACACCCGCUUCUUUAACCAAUCAUUUGAUUAGCAACCAGGGGGUGAAAAAAAGUGUAUAUGACUUGUAUUUAAUUUCUAAAGUUUGCCUGCAGCUCUAUUCAUUUUGCUGGCGGUGGCGGGGUUUAUGACCUAUACUGCAACCAGUCACCAGGGAAUAGAAUAGAAUAGAAUAGAAUAGUCCUUUAUUGUCAUUGUAACCAGUACAACGAAAUUAAAAAAGUGCAGGGGUCGCUGUUCUUGCUGUGGCUUCAUCCAGCAAGGAUGCAAAUGAUGUCAAUUCUAUAUAUAGUCUAAGUAAAUAACUGACAAAACUUUGCUGUGUUAGAUGUAACACUAGCCCUUAAUAAACCAUAUUCUAACAGCAGCCAUCUUGUGACGUCAUGUUCAGGUCAGAAAAGUCAUACUGUGAUGAUGUAUUAUGUCCAUGUAGAUUCUCAUUCAUGGUUAUCUUGAAGACUCCAAAAACAGGCAACUGGACUGUGUAGAGUUGAGAAACUCUGCACAGUCCAGUUGCCUAUUUUUGGAGUCUUCAAGAUGAUGUAUUAUAGUGUUCAAGGUCAUAAACUGAAUAAACCUCAACAACCUGAUCAUUUGUGGUCAUUUCACAGCUCCCUGAUCGAUAAGCAGCCACACAGACAAGAGGCAGAGAUGAUCAGGAGAGGGAGUCAUAUCUUAAGUAAAAAUAAACCAAACAAUUAGAUAGCCCUUUAGUGAACAUCAUAAGAAUCACUGCUCAGUCAUUCUGUGCAGUUCAGGAUGGGAGUCUUGUUUCAACAUUGGGAUGAUUGCCUCAAUCUAGUUGUGUAUUGUUUUGUUUCUUAAUCCUCUGAAAUCCUAACUGCUGAAAAACAGAUACAGAGGAUCAAUGUCAAAGACUUCAGGUUUCUACUGAAGGCAAAAAGCCCCACACCAACUACAAAGAAAAGAUAUUGUUACCUACUAUUUGGCCCAAGUAAACAUAAUAUUAAAAUUACACCUGUGUGGUUAAAAAGUCGGAGAAAACAAGGGUUCAAGAUUGGCAGAGAACCUCUACAAACAUUCCUCAGAGGUUACUGUAGAUCAUAGAGCUCAAGGCUCACAGUGAAUUUCUACCAUCAAACAUACAAUUGAAGCUGUCAUCAUACAGGUCUGCUGUCUGCAUCAAGAGGGAAGUUGGAAAUGUCUGAGUCUUGAAGUAAACUUUGCUACCAGGUAGUUGCCGUUGCGCACACUCCUCUGGAAUGAGGCAGACUCAGAGCAGGAAUGUAGGGCAGACUUGGGUUAGAUAAAGAUUGAGGCAGGUUAGUACAGGAGGGUGUGGUAGGGCUGUGACAUGAACAUGAGGUGGGAUACGAUUGAAACAGCAGGGGUAGGCCACAGACAGUCUUUCUAUCUAUUUUGUGGAGUUUUCAGGACACACUAAACCAGUGGUUCUCAAGUCCAGUCCUCAAGACCCACUGUCCUGCAUGUUUUGGAUGUUUCCCUGCUCUAACACACCUGAUUCAAAUGAUCAGCUCGUUAUUAAGCCAUUCCAGAGCUUGAUAACGAGCUGAUCAUUUGAAUCAGGUGUGGGGGGCUCGAGGACUGGACUUGAGAACCACUGCACUUAACUGUUGCUGGUACACACUUGAUGCAAUCAGAGUGAUGGUCUGUUGUGAUUGGUUGUUAGGGUUUGGGCUGAACAGUGGAAGCCAAUCAACAAAUUAAAGAAUCAAGUGGCCUGAUGAGGAUAGCAGCAUUUUUUUCAAUGCUUUAGUGUACUGUAUGUGGAUGUGAAGGAGGCAAGUCAGUGGGUUGAACCAGAUCUCACAGGCCCCUUAAUGGUAAUGGGGCCCCGAACAGCCGCAUACCUAGCUAAUGCGUCAGGGCCAGCUCUGCUCUUUAGUUGGUGUAAGGUUUGAAAGAGAGGCCCAAUUUCUCCUGACUCUUUAUCUCAAGUAUGCCUCAAAGUCACAAAACAAUGGAUAUUCAUUUCCUGUCAUGUAAUUCAGGAGCAGCUUUUUUAAGGGAAACACUUAACAGUAAACUCUAAGGGUGGGAUGAAAACUUCAAGACAGCAUUUGGUGAAAUUAUCGUUUUUAACAGCAAUCAAGGCAGUACAUCAGUGUGGAGCUACAUCAUAAUCAGUUCAGUACCAAAUAUCUCCAUUUGCUUCACAUGUGUGCUUACAGUAAAACCAUAUUCACUCUCACUUUAGUUAUCUCUCUGUUGUUCUCCCUUUUAGCAGUGUUCCAAUGUAAUUUGAUGUGAUUAGUCAUUGAUUUGAUGGAUAUUAAGCCCCUUCACAUCUUGAUCACACUGUCUUUGUGUGUCAUUAAACAGCUUCAACAUGCACAUGGAUUGUAGAAAAUGACUGUUACUUUUAAAUAAUAAAAACAAAGUCACAAGUCUUCAUUGCUACAUAUAGUGACUGAGGCAUAGAUAGACACAAAGGUACGAGUUCAUAAUAGCUACCGGCUAAAGUCAGAUCAUGUAAAAAGCUUCAUAUAUCAGUAACUGUACUCCAUAGCCAGCAAUGGUAUUUUAAAAAAGGCACAUUUUUGUCGUGGUACAACUCACUUAAAAUGUUUCCAGAUGCCAUACAGUGAUUGCCCUUAAUAUGUGUAAAUUUGAGGAUUUAUAACUCUAAGAUGAGAGUAAAUUAGGUGACUUUUACAGUGCUUACGUAUUGUUCUUGCUGUUUACUUAUUUUUUGAAUUCAUACCCUCACACUCAGAACUGAACUGACAUUUACACAAGAUGAUUGACUUGUUAAAACGUUACAAAAUGGACCUGCACUGCUUUGCAUUUGGUGGCCAGUCAUAUAGUUAAUAAUUGAAGCUGUCUUAAAAGUCGAGUAUAAAUCUUGUCUCCUCUCCCGUCAUGAAUCCAAUCUCAUGACCUGUCUAGUCUCAUGAGCUGAGUUGCUUAGUCACACCCUUAGUAAAUACUAAAGGCCUGAAGCGGGUAACCUGAUGACAUGAAAGUAAGGGGAUCUUCAUGUGGAACAAUUAGUAGAAUAAUCCUUUAGUGAUUUAACUUUUCCCAAACUUGCACAAAAGAGGGUUUGGGGAUCUCUCUGAUAUAGUAUAGUAGCUAAUCAUUUGCACUUUGAGAAGAUUAUGUCAAAUCUACUAUUGAUUUAAGGAAGAAGCUCAUCAGUGCAGAGGCACAUAUUUACACAAAAUUUCAAGUUAUCAGCAGUGAACGGGCUUUAACUGUCUUAACAGAGUAGAAAAUGAUUACCUCCACCCCAUCCUGGUUCAUUUUCAUGUCACCAACUGAGAAAAUGUCAGCACUCCCAGAUGGGUUCAUUAAGCUCUGACGAUGAGUGGACUGUGCAUUAGGCAUGGGGGUUGGGAGGCAGGGAAGGCAUUAUAGCCCCAUUUAUCACCCCCAUAACUAUUUAUUUAUUUAUACAGCACUGCAAAGUGCACCUGAGCUCUUCCGCAGAGAGGCAUAUGCAGGAAACACAGGUCAGGAUAGGAAGGGGUUAAAAAUAAUUCCCAAGAGCGGUGAGAAGAGGCGCAUCAAUGCAAGAAGGAAAACUGUUGAAAGGAGAAUGGUGUGAUGAAUGGGGCUGCUGCUUAGCAAAUACUCACAGGAAGUGGGAGACUCAUACAGUAGCUGGAUGGCUUGGUGGAUGGCUAGCAGGGAAGAGGAGUUCCUUGGGGACUGGAAAUUACUGUAGUGUUUGGCCGGUCUGGAGGUUGGUGAAUGGGUAGGAAGUGAAGAGAAGACGAGAGAGGGGCUAGAAAUGCUACUUAGUCAGAGUAAUUAUCAACUCACAGGAACGAAUUAGUACAAAAAGAGUUAAAGGGUUUCUGUAGUCUUCGUAAAAGUGAUUAAGGACUUCUCUACGGUGGCUGCUGAGUAGAUGGAGGCCAGAGGUCUUCCUGGUUGGUGAUUUCAUAAUUAGAUCUGUUGAAGUCCCAAACGAAAUUACUUACCAUCUUCCUGGAGCAAACAGUCCUAGACAUGGUCAAAAAGAGAAUCAGUACUUUCCUAGCUGAAGAGAUGGAGUUACUCUGUCUGAAGUCUCCUGGCUCUCUACAGCAACCAGACUUCAUGGGGAGGAGUGAAUCUCAGCUAGCAGUGAACAAAAGAAAGAACAAGGUCCACAUGAGUAGUACAAGUUCAAGUAACCAAACAUUUGUAUUCUCAACUUGCUGCAUUAUAAUGAACUUUUUUGAAGUGCUCUUGGGUCAUAUGUUUUGCAUAUGUCAUUUCAAGCACAUGAAGACAUAGUUCCUGCUUUAUAGUAGGAUUUGCACACUUUUUUGAGUAAGGGAUAGAACAUGGAAAGCACACAGACAUUUUCAUCUAGAUAUUUUGAUUCUCUGUGUUUAUGUGGUUUGUUUUGCUGUGAAAUGCUUUUUAAAUGAUGGUUCAUUUAUUAUUAUUUUUAACCUCUCCAUCUCUGCUCUCAUUUACUCUUCAGAUUGGACUGAUGUCUGUCACUGUGUUCCCCGUGCGUUUGCUGUUGGUGUCUUUCCUCAUGCUGCUAGCAUGGCCCUUCGCCUUCGCAGCAUCCCUGGGACGCUCAGAAUUUGUUCUUGAACCACAGUCAUGGUGGAGGAGGUGCGUGUUUUCGUGUGAACUACAUAUUAUCAGCAUUUUUUUUUUAUUUUUUAUUUUGAAAGUGUGUUAAAUUGUUACUAAGAUACCUAAGAUCACAGAUCAUAGAUUAUAUGAUAAAGAGAGCCAGACAAACAUCCCUUUAUCAACUUGAGACUAAUAUUUGUUCAUUAAUCAUAGGUGCGGCCACUUAUUCACAUCCACUAAUUUAAUUUAAUGAAGCUUUACAGCCCUAUUUAUUCUAAUAAACAUGUCUUUAAGAUGUUAUUGUACAUGAAACAAAUACAGAUAUGAAAAAAUACACUUAUUUUGGAAGACUUUUUAGCUGUAGUGUAAUGAUCAAAAUUUGUAAAGGGGUGUCAAGUACUGAAGCUAAAGGUACCCUGGCCAGACAGCAGAGGAUACAACUAGGCAUGUUAUUUUUACACCUCAAGAAGCUAAAACCUACAUUUCACAUCAGCUGUUUGUGUACCCCUCCCCAGGUUUAUAGAUGUGUGUCUUCGUGUCAUCAUGCGGGCUAUGUGGUUUUGCGGGGGUUUCCACUGGAUCAAGGUAAAAGGGCAACAGGCAACGCCCACUGAAGCUCCCAUUAUCACUGUGGCUCCUCACUCCUCUUACUUUGAUGCUAUCCCAGUCACCAUGACCAUGUGCUCCAUCGUCACCAAACUGGAGAGCAGGAGCAUUCCCAUCUGGGGCAGUGAGUAUUAUACCUUUCUGUAACCACUGUAACCCACAGAUUAAGCCAAGAACUCAAAUUUUGAUACCUAAAAUUACAAUCAUACGGUCUUGACACAAAGUAAAACAUAUCUGACAUACUAGCUUAAAGAUUUAUAAUUUGAAUACUAUAGGGUGACCAUAUUCUGUCCCCAAAACGAGGACACUACUUUGUGGGGCAGAGUCGCACGUAGUAAAUUUUGAGGGUUUUUCAGGUGGGGUCGAGUGUUUUUUACGCGCUUCUAACUCAGUUAGUCCACGCUACACAAACUCAAAACUUCCUUACAAAACCCCGAAAAUUUGAAGGAUUUUAUAAAUCCCCCCGGACAGCCCUCCAAAAAGAGGACAUGUCUGGGUAAAAGAGGACUAAUGGUCAUCUUAAAUUAUAUAAAUUGGGUUGAGAAGACCUUCUAAAAUAGGAACUACAGUGCCCGGAACACUCAGCGUUCAGUCAUAAGAACAAAAUUGAGCUAUGUUUCGCUGUUCAUUUAUACAGCAUUUGAUUGAUGGAAGUGACCCAUGAUUAUUAUGACUGCUCAACAUGCAGCUCUCUUGCUCUGGAGAUUUGGUAUCCAUCCCAUUUCUUUUAAAAUCAUACAAAUUCCCCAUUGUCAUACACCUCUUUAUAGUCCUAAAUGAUCUUUAGAUUGGUCACUAUUUUAAACUUAAAGAUGUUUUCAUAGUAGUGCAGAUGUUUGUGUCAUUCCUUUUGUUCUGAAAUGUACUCAUGAACUUUUUCUUCCUCUCCCAGCUUUGAUCAGCUACAUCAGGCCAGUAUUUGUGUUUCGGUCUGACCAGGAUUCAAGGCGAAAAACUGUUGAAGAAAUUAAGCGGAGAGCCCGAUCUGGAGGCAAGUGGCCUCAGGUAACAUCAGCAUGAUACAGCAGUAGUCACAAAAGCCAGUACUGCUCUGAAAUGAUUUCAUACCAGUAUAGUGCAAUGUCUGAAACAGAGUUCACACUAUGUAAGGCCAUUUAACACCAAUGAUCAAACGCCAGAGAUUUGUGUGAUGUCAAACAUGUGCCUCAAAAUGUUUGUUCUUUUUUUCAGAUCAUGAUAUUCCCUGAGGGGACUUGCACCAACAGAUCAGGUCUUAUCUUAUUCAAGGCUGGUAUGUAUUCAGUCCACUUCCUGUAGGCGUCAACAAUAACCGUAUUUGUGUGCUUGUGUGGGUUUACAUAUAAGGACGUUUUUUUUUGUCUCUUUAAAUGUUCAAAUUUACUUUUUUUUUGUCUCUUUAAAUGUUCAAAUUUACAUUUUUUUUUUGUCUCUUUAAAUGUUCAAAUUUACAUUUUUUUCUAAAGAGUAUCAGAUUCAUAAUGACAUUUAAAAGUGAAACCUAAUUUUCAAAUUCAACACACGGGAUCUCUGCGUUGGCCUAUAAUCACAAAUAACAGCAUACAUGAUCUAGAAAACAUGUUUGUAAGGUUGGUCAGAGUUAUGGUUCCGUAUAUUUUCAACCAGGGGUUGUUUGUGUGUCAUCAGAGAGGCGAUGUGUGAUCACUUUGUUCUAUGUUUAAUCAAGUAUGCCAGGAACUGUGAAUGAUCAUUUAUGAAUGAACCUGUCUACAUCGCUGCCAAAUCCAGGUGGAGGUGUCCGUGUCAAUUCAUUUUCCGUCAGCCCUCUAGUUUCUCGCUUGUACUUGACAUGCCAACAGGACACAUAACUGCUGCGCGCAAACAUUUUUGGUCUUGUUUUCAGCUCACAUGUGUGUCAGAGUGUGAAUGUGUGUGUGUGUGUGUGUGUGAACAUGCUCUCAGCCAUUGUUCCUCGCCUGUUCUGUCUAAUCCCCUGUCUUCCUAUUUGUAAUUCUGUUAUUCUUAGUUCCCACAUUAGCCGCAUGCUGUCCUCUUUUGGUUGUGUAUGUGAUUGAGUUUGGACGUGCACAACAUGUGCAUGUGUGUGUUUUUCCAGCAUGAUCUGCCUGUUGUUUGUAACCAGUCUUCUCUGGAUUGGUCUCCUUUUGUUAGAUCUCUUCGUUGGCUCCCACAAGGCCCAAAAAUGUGCGUGUGUGAUGCUGCCUGUGCAUGAUGUGUGCAUGAUGUUUUGAUGUUUUUAUCUUUUAAAGGUCUUUAAAGAGCUGUGGCUUUGAUGGUUUUGUUCAGUGGGUGGGGACAGUGAUCUCUUUUUCAUCUCUUUUUUUGCCAUCAGACCAAUAUGUGCAGCCAAUGUUGAUCUAGUUUCUAAUUUCUCUUUGACCAUUGAGGUUUGAUAUGAUCAGUUCGCCAGUAUUUUGGUCCCCUCUUAAACAAAACGGGUCUUGCUUUUGGUUGAAAUGAUGUUUUAACUCCUCCAUGUUUAUAGAUCUUCUAUUAGAUUGAGAUUGACACUGGACUGCUCUUUAUGGACAUAUAAUUGGGCGUGUUGUGGAAAUAUGUGUGGACAACAGUUUAUAAGCUGUCACCUGUGUACCUUCAAAGCAGUUUGCCUUUGCAGAAAAGAGGACAUGUGUAACAAAAAAUAUAAAACUGUGUGUUCAUUUUCUUCAUCUCUGUGGUUUCAGUUUCCUUUCAACGUGUUUUUGUUUUGGUCUUCAUCAACAAAACAGAAUAAAUGCUGAUUUUAACUAUGUAAGGUACAUAUAAAGAUUAAAGUCUAUAACUGUGUUUCCUCUGGAUGAUGCUCAAAUGUUUGCAUUAUACAGUUUGCAGUUUGUUGCUGUUCUUUAAGUCUUAAAUAUCUGAAUCCAAAUUUCAUUACAUAUUCUAUUCUUUACUUUGUAAAACCUAAAUAUUGGCUCCAGUAGGGUAUUUUUUUUUACAUCAACAUUGUCUGUAGCUCCUAUCAGCUAGACUGUCAUUAUCUAAGAGGCGGUACUUUACUUUUGUCAUAUUUUGAAAACAAAUAUUAAGUUAAAAUGUUGAAUGUCAAUGAACAAAGCUUCAGACUGUGGGGUUAAUGUUUGUUGAAAUUAUCUCUAGUUGGGUCUACAGGCGGCUCUGAAUGGCUUGUUCAGUAAGUCAUGAGAAUUCAGUGAGAUUUGAUAUUUAUACGCUUUUGUGAGAGGACUGGAGAUCACUGUCGGGGAAAUGAGCUUUACUUUUAUCUGAACUACUUUAUGGCUCAGUCCGAUACUGUCUCUGCUAUGUUGGAGCCAUUUGAAAUUUUCACAAAAACCUGGUGUCAGAACUAUAAAGUCCUGUGUCAACUAAUGAUAUGGGCAUUCGAUGGUUAAAGAUAUCAUGCAGAUAAAUAGUUUGUUCUUCUUCAAUGGAAUUGUGAAUCAUUUACCCUUCUUUGUCUCCUUAAGGUGCUUUCAUACCUGGACUUCCAGUACAGCCUGUGGUGCUACGAUAUCCGAACAAACUGGUAAAAUCACAUUCUUUAAAUCUUUAUCAGUCAAUCUUUUGCCCACCAGUAACCUUGAAGAUAAAACACUCAACCUGACUCCAUGAAUACACUAAGUGCACAUACCUGCACACACCUGUGAUGUCAUGGCUUCUCUUGUGUUGAAUGACCUCAUGUCCUGCCGGGAUGAUAUUUCAUCCCCCCUCUUUUCUCUCUCUCCCUCUCACACACACAGGUGUCACGUCUUUCUCGAUGCACUUUUCGAUGCUCUCAUGAAUUAGUGAAAAUAUGAAACAACUCUUAUUAUGUUAUUCUCGUUCCCCUUGAAAGCUCUUGACACGGUUUUUAACUUAAAGUGACAAUGUGGUAGACUGUCGGGUUAUACGGCCGGGCUUCCUAUGACGUCACGCCUCCUGUGUUCACAUCCAAUAUGUUUCAGUCUUUAAUAUUUGGCUGUUUAGAGAAAAAUAUCCACCAAUUAGGGAUUUUUUAAUGCAGCAAAUUAAAAUGGACACAGCUUCUAAAUUUUCAAAAAAGGAUAACACAUACAAAGAGGUAUACCUUUUAACCCUAUUAUUAUGAAUACAUUGUUAACAUUACAACCCACGUUUCAAAGUAUGUGAAAGAAACACCUGUAUGAUUAACUGAAGAGUGCAGUUAAGGUCAGGUUUGUGACAUCUGUUAUUAGAGCAGGAUUCUUGUCAUUGACGGUUCAGUCCGUGCCUGCCGAUGAUACGAUGAAGGUAAACAUUGCUGUGAGGAGGAGUGUAAGCAGUUCGGUAUGUUAUACCUUUGCUCUUAAGAUCAACUCAUGUCACAGAGAUCAGGAUUUCCUGAAACUCUGGUUUGAUGUCUUUAUGUAAGCUUUAGCCAAAUGUCAGAGUCAAAAUGUGCAGGAAUGGAGCUAGUACAGUAGCUUGGUGUUCAAUGCUGAUACUGCACCUCCUUACAAGAUGAGCAGAAAGAUUGGUUGUGUUGCCAGUGUAUUUGAAUAACACAUUUGCAUACUCUGCAAACAGCAACUUAUGUGUCAAGGACACUUCCCGCUCAACCAAAGCCCAAAUGUUUACACUGGAUUCAAAACCAGGUGGUUUGAUAAUUUCCUGUUUGUUGUGCUUCUUUCUGCUAAAAGCUGUUAUAGCACUGCUGGCACAUGUCCAGAACAGCACCACCGGUAGAUUAACCCCAAUGUACACUUAAUAUUACCUUUUCUUUUAAAGUGUAGAAAUACCUUAAUUUGAAACAAACAUUUGUCAUGUUAAAUAUACAAUGUAGUUUCUCAGUAUCCAUACAAUCAAUGAUUGCUCUGCUAGAACAUAAUUAAUCACCUCACCCCAUACAGAAGUGGACAUCUACCUUUUGACACAGGUGGAUCAUGGGAAUAAGAAACACAUUUUAAAUAAAGCAAAUUUUACUUUUAUUUAACGUCUCCUUCCUUCCCAGACUAAAAAGAUAUUCAGAAAUUUAAGUAAAUUUUAGACAGUAUAUUUUACUUUCACUAGAGUAGAUCACAGACUUGGAGAUUUAUUUCUACUAAAGAAAAUCAUAUCAUCCACUGCUAUAUGUUAGUACACUUUCUUGAGAGCGCUACACAAACUCUGUUGUGUAAACUCAGUGGUAACUCCUUUAUACUCUGUUUAAAGUAAUGAUAUGUCACAGAAAUGAACUGCUCAGAAUGAAAGUUUACAGUGAUUUGAUAUCUGUAGUAUCAAUAGACACUUCAGUUGCACUAAUCAGAUAUGGUAUGAUAAGACAUGUGGAGUACUGUCAUAAUUGUAAACAACACAAUGCCACAAAAAGAGAACUCAUGAAACAGCAUCUCAUAGAAGGACAGAGCAACUGUGAAAACGCUUUAAUAUGUUGGGUUUUUGUUUUUAAAAUCAGCCGUUUUCUCAUUUCCCUCAUUUUUACAGGAUACUGUUUCAUGGACGUGGCAAGGCCCUGGAGCGUAAGUGUUUGUCUCUUUACACACUACACCUAAACUGUGAAAUACACAUGUGCUUUGCUCCUUUGCAACAAACUACUGACAUGUUUUCUAGUAAGAUGCAACCAAGAAAACCCCCAGUUUAUUCACUUCUAUGUAAAGUCAUGUCUCCAUGACUUCAUAUCUUUUUAUAUGAACUCCUAUUUCAAACAUACACAAAACAAACCCUCCUCUCUCCAGGUUCAAGAUCCUCUGGCUCACCCUGUGCCAACCUCACAAUCCCAUGGAAAUAGAAGUAAGUAUGCUCUAGCUCACAGAAGUCGGUUGAACAUGAUUUCUUUCUGUUCGCCCCGAUCUUCUUUCCUGAUGAAGAGAGAUGUCAGGCGGUAUCUAAAAAGAGGAUGUCUGUUUAAUGACUCUCUCCUCAGUACUUGCCGGUUUACACACCAUCAGAGGAAGAGAAAGGAAACUCUGCCCUGUUUGCCAACAACGUCAGAAAGCUCAUGGCCAAGUAAGUGUGUCAGCGGAAUUGUAUAAGAGUCUUGGAUAAACACUAGAUUGUCUGCACAUGUUUAAAUGCUUGUCUGUAACAAGGAAGUCCAUGAAGGUCCUGACAGACUUCUUCUCUAUGUCUUAAAAGAGUGCUGAGGCUGCCGCUCACAGACCUGUCCUUUGAUGACCGUGAUAUCAGCCUGUCACAUGGGCCCCUGCAAAUAUAUAACCUCUGCAGCCUCCUCGAGUUCAACCAACUGGCAUGUCGAUUAGGGUGAGUGGGAAAUGUUUAGACUAGGUAGACUGGGUACAGGAAGGAUGUUCUCCCAGACUUGAAGGCAUAAAGAUGGAUAAACACUGACACCUAUAGGUGACAGUGUAGUAACACUGAAAAAUAAUUCACCCCAGGUUUUGUAUUCUUUAAAGAGUUUUGUAUGAAGUCUCCAAAGUUUUUUUUAACCCUGUGAGUACAACAAUGUCAAAGACAACCAAGGGAAAUUAUUUUCACCUUCUUUGCUAACAAAUCCAAUAUGUGGGCAGUUAAGUCAUGAAAUUAUUAGUAUUCUUACCAACCAAUAAAAACAUGCCUUACUUGAUUUUAGGAAACCUUCAUGUAGUCAUGUAUGGGAGCAUCUGAGGCUCAAAACUAGAUUAAGAUUACCACAAGGCCUUUUAAACUAACAAUUGUCGUACUAAGCAGUCAAAGAUGCUGAAAAUAAAGAUUUCCUUGAUCAUAGAUAGUUUUUAAAAGAGAAGCAUCGUAGCUCUGUGGUCAGUACUGUCUGGCAGUAAUCCUAGUGUGUAGAGUUUGUUGACACAUUUGACAGGCCAGCGUUAGCGUCGUUGUGAGACAUUUAGACCCUAAAAAAGUCGUAAAGUGUGUUUCUCAUGAGUAUCCCUUAAGACUGUUACCUGCUUUGUUCAUGAUCUGCGUGUAAACGUUUCUAGAUUUAUGUUAGAGAAUGUGAUGAGCUGUAUUUUCAUUUAUGUCAUGGGUGGUACACUAACCCCAUAAUUUCAUUGUAUAUUCCCAGUCUGAGAGCAGAAUCUACACAUAAAUUCCUGGAUGAACAGGCCAGAAGAGCCAGAAAGUUGCAGGGAGACAGGCUGGAUUUGAAGGAAUUUGCCCAAUUCCUCAACCUGCCAGUUACAGACACACUUACACAAGUCCACAGCCUCUUCGACAAGGUGAGCACUCAGUGAUUGACUUUUUUAAGGAACUAAAACAAUACAUGCAAACCUCUGCUUACUAAGAUCAUUUUGUCUACAGCAUGGAGAUGGACUGAUAGACAUCAGACACUACAUUAUUGCUCUGUCUACCAUUUACCGACCAUCGAAGUCAAUGGAGACCCUCAAGUUAGCCUUCAAGGUGAGGACAUUAACCACUAAAUCUUCUUAGUCCUAAAUUGUAAGUCAUUCAAACAUGAAAAAAAUGUUUUCAUGCAGAUGUACGAGAGUGAAGAGGAUGGGCAAGUUCUCGAAGACGAUUUGGCCUCCAUCUUGGAAAUAAUGUUAGGAGUUGAAGAAGUGGAGCUUUCUGUUUUGUUUUUAUCACUUGAUGGACCGGACACAGGAAAGAUCACAUAUGGUAAGAUCCAGCGUAAAGUUGUCAUCAAUGAUCUUUCAUUGUUCAGAUCUACAAAAUGAAAUGUACACAUGCUAUUUUUGUACAUGUGAAGUAUACUUGAAGCCCUCUUAAAAAUGACUCUCAGCAUCUGUCACUAUCACUAGCUAUACCAGUCUGUCUGUUGAUCUAGAUAGAUAUUAUCAGGUAAUAGAUUUUACAUAUCUAUGUGCAUGUGUACGUACGUGUGUGUGUGUCAACGGUUUCACCAUUUCAGUUUGUUAACUCAAUAUCACCAAGUGUUGACAUUGAAAAACUGUCCCUCUUUUUUCCCCUUGUCAAGAUAAACUUCGACACUUUAUAGAGCAGCAUCCAUUCUUCAUCCAGGAUUACCUCGAUUUUAAAAACCAUCCUCGCAAAUCUUGCUUCGGUAAACCUCUGAGCUGUAACGGUGAGAGCCACAACAAAGACGUCUGA